AUGGGUCUGUCGAGCUUCUUGUUCAUCUAUCCGGAAGGCAAGCUGAGUGCAAUCGAUGCCUAUUUCUUUGGCGUUAGCGCCUCGACCGUUACCGGUUUAACUACAGUCGAUGUUCCUGUACUGAAGACAUACCAGCAGUUGUUUCUGUACUUCGUGCCAUUAGUGUGCAAUCUUGUGACAAUCAAUAUUAUAGUCGUGGUCGUUCGCCUUAUCUGGUUCCGAAGAUACCUCAAGAAUGCUGGUCAGUUCGUUCUCGCCUUUAUUUGGCGGCCACUGCUGACGGUUCGCCAUAAAGCUCCUGCUCUGCUCAGCAGACGCAGACCAGUGGAUCUAGAUCCUAAGGAGGAUCCAGAAAAUGGAGCUGAUAAUCCCCUUUCAGAAGUACUUGACAAAAGACCGGGACUCGCACGAUCUGUGACAGAACGCGUACAUAAGAAUGCCGCGGAACGGGAUGCACUCCCUCCAAUAGAGGCUCGGAGUCGGACUGAUCCAGCUCCUGACCAUCCAACCCAACAACGGCCGGUAGACAUUCUUUCACCCACAAUUAAGGAAGAGAGGGUCAAAGAGGAAGACCAGCACGAAACGAGAAUCACUUUUGAUCCUUCGACCGAUCGCCAUCCUCGCCAUGAACAGCAGGAGUCGACUCUCUAUAUCCCCGGUCCUCGCGCUCGAGACCAAGAAGACGUUAUUGAACCUAUUUCGCGAACUCAGUCCACCCCGAUUGGUAUCCUUCGCCGUAGACGUAGUGCGGGCCUUAGUCUGGCUAAAGUCCGCUCCGUCGAGCGCGUCGCCAACGUUGCUUCGUCACUCUUUGUUAUUGGCAAUCCUACUCAAGCGCCUAAGGAGCGUCCGCUAGCCAGGGCACCAACACUUGCCGUGGGUGACUUUCCCCGGCUAUCUCGAGAGGUAACCAUAGGGCGUAACUCCAUCUUUCACAACCUGUCGUCCAAGGACCGAGAGGAACUGGGUGGUAUCGAGUACAAAAGCCUAAAGCUCCUACUCAAGAUAAUCAUUGGCAAGUCUUCGGGCGGUUGGCCAGGGACAACCUGCUAA